AUGACUUGGGUGAUAUGGAAUGUGAGGGGAAUAAAUAAGAUAUAUAAGCAAAAAGAAUUAAAGAUAUAUGUACAGAAUAAGCAAAUAAAAUUAGCUGGUUUUUUGGAAACUGGAGUCAAGGAGAAUAGAGCCAACAGAGUUUUCAAAAACAUCUUACCUGGUUGGGAAAUUCAGAGCAAUUACCAUAAUGCAAUUAAUGGGAGGAUUUGGCUGACAUGGGAUCCUAAGGUAUAUUGUAUUGAUGUUGAAAAAACAGAUGCUCAAGUGAUUCAUUGCACAGUAAGGGGGAGAAGGGAUGGAUUUGAAGCUUACCUUACACUAGUGUAUGGUUUCAACACAGUUGAACAAAGGAAAGCUUUAUGGAGUAACCAGAAUGACAUUUCAGCACAAGUGGCAAAGCCUUGGAUAAUUGGUGGAGAUUUUAAUGCAAUGCUGUAUACUCAAGACAGAAUGUAUGGCAAUCUAGUAGCAAUGAGUGAAAUGGUGGAUUUCUCAGACUGUAUUCAUAACCUAUUUCUAAAUGAACUGGCCUGGAAGGGAGAAUACUAUACCUGGUCCAAUAAACAGCAAGGGGAUGACAGGAUACUAAGUAGAAUUGAUAGGGUGUUUGGUAAUGACUUGUGGAUGACUAACUGGGGGCAUGUGUGUACUGAAUAUAAUGUACCAUUGAUAUCUGAUCACUCUCCUAUGUUGCUGAACAUCAAGUCCAUGAGAUCUACUACCAAACCACCCUUCAGAUUCUUUAAUGUAUGGACAGAUCACAAGGAGUUUGGAAAUAUAGUGAUGACCAUAUGGAACAAAAGAUUAGCAGUGGAUGACAUGGAGAAUGUACGGAAGAAGCUUAAAGCUCUGAAGCCUUUAUUCAAGAGACUAAAUGCUGAUGAAUAUAAGGGAAUAACAAAGAGAAUUGAAGAUGCAAGAAGUGACCUUGUUACAGUCCAAGAAAAGAUGCAAAACCAAUAUAGUGACAGUCUACUAGAACAAGAGAAGCAAACUCUCCAACAACUAGAGAAGUGGUCUCUAAUUGAAGAGAGUAUUAUGCAACAAAAAUCAAGGGUCAAAUGUGUUAAACUGGGGGAUAGCAAUACCAAGUAUUUUUCUGCUAUUGUAAAAGAGAGGAGCCAUAGAAAUCAGAUACUGGAGCUGAUUACAGAGGAUGGAAGGAAGGUUAAUAGCCAGGUUAGCAUUAAAGAAGAGUUUAUAAGGUUCUAUAAAAACCUGACGGGGACUUCUACAAAGACACUACCAGCAAUCAACAAGAAAUAA